AUGAGCAGCGCGGCUUACAACUUUUCCGCAUCCCGUCUGAACUCCUCAGUCUCCCUCUCAGGGGGGUACUCAACGCGCACAUCUAGCGUUCGCUCAUCAAGCGUCUAUGGAGGUUCCGACGGAAGUGUCGUGCGUGUGUCUCAAGCAGGGCGUUUGAAGCAAGGAUUUCAACUGAAUGAAACAUUUGACAAUGGCUUCAACGUGUCUCUGAACGAAAAGGCCACCAUGCAAAAUCUCAACGAACGGCUGGCCAGUUACCUGAACAAGGUGCACGAACUGGACAAAGCUAAUGCCAAACUAGAGCGCCAGAUCCGGGAGUGGUCCGACAAGAAGACCGUGGGCAAACGAGACUACAGCCCUUAUUUCGCUACCCUCGCCGAACUGCGCCAAAAGAUCAAGAAGGCCAGCCUUGAAAACGCUCGCAUCAUCCUUAACAUCGACAACGCUAAACUCGCUGCAGAAGACUUCAGAAUCAAGUACGAGAACGAGCUGACGAUCCGCCAGUCCGUUGAGUCUGACGUCGCCGGUCUGCGGCGGGUCCUGGACGAUCUGACGAUUUUGCGGUCGGACCUGGAAAUACGCAUCGAAGGUCUCAAGGAGGAGCUUGUGUACCUGAAAAAGAACCACGAGGAGGAGAUGGCAACCCUGAGGAACAACAUGACCAGCAGCUCAGUGAAUGUGGACGUGGACGCCCCACCCCAACAGGACCUCAGCCGCAUGCUGGAGGAGAUCCGCACCCAGUACGAGGGAAUCGUCGAGAAGAACCGCGGAGAGAUGGAGUCCUGGUACAAAGCCAAGUUUGACAAAGUAAAUCAGCAGGUGAAGGAGAGCACGCAGGUGAUACAGACAUCUCACAUUGAGAUCAGCGAACUUAGGAGAACACUGCAGGCUCUGGAGAUUGAGCUGCAGUCUCAGCUCAGCCUGAAAGCAGCUCUGGAGGGAACGCUGCAUGACGCAGAGUCACGUUACAGCCUUAAGCUCAGCCAGCUGCAGGGCAUGAUCAACAACCUGCAGAUCGAGAUUACCCAGAUUCGCACUGACAUCGAAAGGCAGGACAGUGAGUACAGGAUGCUCCUGGACAUCAAGACCAGGCUGGAGAUGGAGAUCGCAGAAUACAGGAGACUGCUAGAGGGAGAAGAGUCCGGUUCUUAUGGGAAAACCACAGUGACCAAGGUUGUUGAAUCCAAGGUUGUAGAUACCAAAUUUGUUUCCAAGGUCGAUGAAACCAAGAUCACUCCACCCCCACCUCCUAAACAUGAACCCGUGAUAACUAAACGCGUACGCACCGUGAUCGAAGAGAUGGUUGAUGGCAAGGUGGUCUCACGCACAGAGGACGUGGACAUGGAGGUCCUGAAAAAAUAAACCAGAGCACCCCCCUCCCACAUUACCACUGUGAUCACCAUGUCACCAAAAACCAACCAACCAUGGCAUUUGUCUUUAAGUGUCUGAUGGAGGGACACGUGAAGAAACUUUGAUGUGGUUUUGUAACCUGAAUAUAUAUGCAACAUUGAAGCAUAUUUUUACAAAGCAUCAAAAUAAAGAAUCAAAUUCACAGA